ACUGUUAGUGCUGCCCACAGUGUUGCCAGGCAUCCCUGGAAGAGGAGGUGCAUUAAACUUGGAGAAGCAAGCAAGGGGAGAGAAAAAUUUGCCUCAGUGUGGUGCGCCUGUGUGUCUUACUGUUUGCCUUGUGCUCUUUCAGUAAGCAGAGUAAGGAACCUUGCCAGAACUGGAGCUCAUCUGAAAUACAUUAGAAUCUGGAGAAGAACGAUCCUCUGUAAUCUAGCUGCGCUGACGCUCCACCAAGGGUUCCUAUUUGCUGUCAGAGGUACACCCAUACAUGUAGCAGCAGCUCCUCCAAGAGACUGUUUUUGUCUCCUCAAGUCAAAAUAUUUUCCAAACUCCGGAGGGCAAGACUGCAGAGAGAGAGAGGCAGAGAUCAAGGCGCUUGAAGAAGUCUGUGCUUUCUUCAUAAAAGCUUGGGGCUAUAAGUUAUCAGUGUGGCGACUACUGUCAAAGGGGAAGAUCCAGACUUCAAACGAAACAUCAGCCCUAUCAUUCCUCUUGGCGUGUGCAGGGGAGUUUUCAAGGACAAGUGAGCAGUGUUCAGAUAAAUACAGGAAACACCUGAAGGUUUUCCAAGGUUCAGCCACAGGAAAUACAGCUCUAAACGACAGACACACUCCAACGUUGAUUUUUGUGAGAAGCUCCCUAUUAUCUUGUUAGUUGAUCAACAUGUCACGCUGGGGGAGAAAAAAUGUGAAGAAGACGCCCGAGGUGAUCCGCACUGUGACAGAGGGGCUCAAGUCCUUGUAUCGUAAGAAGCUGCUGCCUCUGGAGGAGUACUACGGUUUCCAUGACUUCCACUCUCAAAGUCUGGAAGAUGCAGACUUUGAUAACAAGCCUAUGGUGCUGGUGGUGGGACAGUACUCCACUGGAAAGACAACAUUUAUCAAGUAUCUACUGGAGCAGGAUAUUCCUGGGAGCAGAGUGGGACCUGAACCCACUACUGACUGCUUCACUGCCAUCAUGCAUGGGGAGGUGGAGGGAGUCAUCCCUGGGAACGCCCUUAUCGUAGACCCCAACAAGCCUUUCCGCAAACUCAACCCUUUUGGAAACACCUUUCUCAACAGGUUUCAGUGUGCCCAAAUGCCCAACCAGGUCCUGGAGAGUAUCAGCAUUAUUGACACGCCGGGGAUCCUGUCUGGUGCUAAGCAGAGAGUGAGCCGAGGUGAGAGAGGUGACAAAGGCUAUGACUUCCCAGCUGUGCUGCGCUGGUUUGCGGAGCGUGUGGACCGCAUCAUCCUCCUGUUCGAUGCCCAUAAACUGGAGAUAUCAGACGAGUUCUCUGAGGCCAUCGGUGCCCUGAAAGGCAACGAGGACAAGCUGCGUGUGGUACUCAACAAGGCCGACAUGGUGGGCACCCAGCAGCUGAUGAGAGUGUAUGGUGCACUCAUGUGGUCUCUGGGGAAGGUGUUUGGCACUCCGGAAGUUCUGCGCGUCUACAUUGGCUCCUUCUGGUCAGAGCCACUGAUGGUUACAGACAACCGGAAGCUGUUUGAGCUGGAGGAGGAGGAUUUGUUCACUGACAUUCAAAACCUCCCUCGCAAUGCAGCUUUACGCAAGCUCAAUGACCUGGUGAAGAGGGCACGUCUGGUCAGGGUCCAUGCCCACAUAAUCAGCUAUCUGAAGCAGGAGAUGCCCUCUGUCUUCAGGAAGGACAAUAAAAAGAAGAAUUUAAUCUACCAGCUGCCAGUGAUUUUCUCAAAAAUCCAGCUGCAGCACAAUAUUUCUGCUGGAGACUUCCCAGAUUGUACUAAGAUGCAGGAGCAACUGAUGGUUCAUGAUUUCACCAAGUUCAAAACCUUGAAGCCUAACCUGAUGGUAGCCUUGGAUGAGUUGCUCUCCGGUGACAUUGCCAAACUGAUGCCCCUCCUGCGACAGGAGGAGCUAGAAGCAGGUGAGCAGCCAGGUGUGCAGGGUGGAGCCUUCCUUGGGACCCGUGCCGGACCGUUCGGCGAGGGUGACCCCUUCGCCGAGGAGAACGGAGAGGGAUGUGAGGAGGAGGAAGAUUGGGUGGUAACCAAAGAUAAGCCCAAAUAUGAUGAGAUCUUCUACAACCUCGCUCCCAACGAGGGAAAACUGAGUGGCAACAAGGCUAAGGACUGGAUGGUGAGCUCCCGCCUGCCCAACUCGGUGCUGGGCCGCAUCUGGAAGCUGUCAGAUCUGGACCAUGAUGGCAUGCUGGAUGACGAAGAAUUUGCCCUGGCCAGCCACCUGAUUGAGGUCAAGUUGGAGGGCCAUGGUCUGCCCCCUGAGCUUCCCACACGUCUGAUCCCACCCUCCAAACGCAGGCAGAAGGGCUCUGAUGCAUAGACAUGUCACAAGGAGCUGAGAGAGACUCUUCUCUAUUGGCUGUGCUACUGUUUGCAUUUGCUCUUGUUUUCCCCCCAGACCCAAGUCAAAAUGUUUGUAUGCAAUGCGUUCAACUUUUCCUCUGAGACUGAUUUCAGUCUUGCACAAUGAAACAUACUGUAUUAAAGUGUAAGUAAAUCCUUUGAGAGUAAGGGCUUACAGCAAAAGAUUGUGUAUUAAGAAGUCACACGGGUCUGGUUGCUUCUUCCUUUGGCUUCUCAAAGUUAGCUUUUCAUGAUGAGCUUUAAAAAUAUAUAUCUACUUGUGUUUGCAGAGCAGAAAUAAAUAAAGGCUGGCACUCUCUAAGUGAGUAGUAUUCAGCAUGUAUUUGACAGAAUACAGAGCUAAACCUUUCUGUAUUAGAUUUAACAUUCCUUCAGUGACUAGAUCGGGGCAGCACAGUAUUAUCUUGGUGAUCAUUUGUAGGAUUGUGCCAUUUAUUUUCAGGUCUGGUCACAUUCCAGUGAGGGUAUCAUUUACAAAUUCAUCGUGCUCAAAUGAUUUGUUUAUAGCAUUUUCAACUGAAACUGGCAGCACAAAUCUAAUAACCUGAAUGCAUUUCACUUUUGUUGCUUUACAUGCCACAAUUUUGUGCAUAAACUUUAUAUAUUAUUUUUGUAAUUGUUGCUGUUGUUUUGUAUGUGCAGGAGCAAGACCUCAGUUGUAUAAAAGAACAUGCUGAGAAUAACUUUUCAACUAGACUGAAAGAUUGAUAUAUUACUGACUACUGUACACAGCUCCACCAUCUGUUGUCAUGUUAACUAUUGUUGUAACCAAAUAAAGUUCCCUGACUGUG